AUGCACGGACCGGGGAUGUCUUUCCCCACAAUGAAGGCCAUAAUCAGAAGAGAAUUCAAGACCUCAAAGUGCAACGAACUUAAAGCUCGAACAAGUCCAGACCUCAAGGUUCAACGAACUCAAAGCUCGAACAACAGAGAAACAGUGGACAGUGGCACUCUCCGACAUAGCCGACUAGCCAAGAAUCGAAGCCGUUGCUGA